GGACAGCUCCGGUCCCGGGAGCAACAGGCCCACACGGAGCUCCGAGCAGCAGCCAGCAGGAAUGGGAGGCCUCCGCACCGCAGCCGCGGGCGGGUUCCUGGAGCUCGGAGCGGCCGCUCGCGGGUUCCCUCCUGCGCAAUCACUGCCAUCUUAUUUCCUGUAAAGCUCAUUGCCACGCCUGUAGCUCCUCUGCUAAUCUGCUAAACCACUCAAGUGGCUGAGAGUCGCGGAAACACCACGGAACCGAGAGCGAGUGGGGCGGGUCGUGUUGGACCGAACCCAGCUCGGGGCUCGGACAGAGGCGGACCACUCACCACACCAUCCCGUACGCUCCUUCCCCGAUGUACGACAGGUUGGUGUAGCGCGGGCCCACGUCAAAAACCUGGCCCUUCACCGACUCGGUCUUGGUCCCUCCAGCUCCGGGAGCGGCAGCCGCCCCGGCGGUCGUGGCGCCGUCGGCCCCGGCCGCUGCGGUGCUGCUGGAAUCCGCCAUUCUUCUUCCUGCUCUCGAGGCUCCGCGUUCACCGUCGCUGCGAGAGUUCCGGCGGAGGAGUGAGUGCGCUCGCUGCUGCUGCUGCCGACGCUCGUGCGUGAGCACGGAUUUGCUUCAGCACGGAGCGGAGACGCGCGUGCCAAAAUACGGUAAUACAGCCACGGUGGCAAUGCUCACCGACGUGCCGCGGGUGAGCGGGGCUACGUCACACGCCGGAGUCACCGCCCGCCCAGCCGCACUGCUGCAGCAAUGUGAGCGCGCUCUCGGAAACGCACGGACACCAGCCACGGGUGGGCGUGUCCACGAGUGCGGCAUGUUCUAACGAGACGGAAAGAUUAAACAGCCUUCAAGUCCGCUUGUGUUUGUGUUCCAUCCCAUAAUGCUACCACCAAGCUUGACCACGUGACCGCUGGUAGAGCAGCCCACUUGCUUCCUGUUUUGGAGAACAUGCACAGACGUCACCAACUGCUCUCUCGCACGGGUCCAGCAAACCUGCUGGUUUAUUACUGACGCUCUGGCUCUGCGCUGAAGAGCAACGGAUCACCAUGGAAACCAAUGCGACAGUUACCGCGCCCAUGCAGUGACGUCAUCACGCCACUUCCUGGUUACGUCUCGGAUGUUGUUCCUCUUGGACUCUCGACUCGACUCCGGGGGAUGAUACACUUAGUGGCGCUAAGACGAAACUGGACCGGACCUCUUCGCCUGGCUCUCGCUCUCCUCGGCUUCCCUCUCUCGACAGGCUCCCCGGGACUCAGGCCUGCGCUGGUCUGUCCCACGCUCCACCCACUGCAAGGCCCCGCCCACAGGAAGCCCCUGACUCUCACUUCCUGCAGCUCCUGCACCACUGGGGGCGCCGGCAUGCCCUCGGCAGUGUCCGCACACAUCAAGUCCCGGAGCCCGGUGUACCCCGGCUCAACUGUCAAACGCUUGCCUGUGAGCGACGCCCAGGUGGACUGGAGCCACAGCUGGCCUCAGUACCAGCCUGUCCAGUACACUGACCCGUCUGCGAUGAACAAGCCAUGGUCUGACCCUGACAUCGGAUCUUUUUCCCCGAAGUUCAACUCGGUGGACGGAGCAGUGGACCGGACCAGCUUUGAAGGCAGCUACAAAGUGGAGAAGGGGAAACCACUGAACCCUCGGGGACGCACAGGCUUGGCUGGGCGAGGCCUGCUGGGGCGCUGGGGGCCAAACCACGCAGCAGAUCCCAUUGUAACCAGAUGGAAAACCGACACCAGCGGAGCCAAGGUCUCUCACCCGCUCUCCAAGAAGCCAGUCCUGCAGUUUGUGUCCAUCAAGAGGAAGGACUGUGGGGAGUGGGCCAUUCCUGGGGGCAUGGUGGAUCCUGGCGAGAAGGUCUCUCUCACGCUGCAGCGAGAGUUUUCAGAGGAAGCGCUCAACUCGCUGCAAGUUUCCUCUGCAGAGAGAGAGAAGAUCAACGAGCGCAUCAGGAACCUUUUCAAAUCCAACGGCUUCCAGGUCUAUAAAGGCUACGUAGAUGAUCCUCGCAACACGGACAACUCCUGGAUGGAGACUGUGGCUGUUAACUUCCACGACGAACAAGGAAACAGCGUGAGUGAGCUGCCGCUGCAGGCUGGGGACGAUGCGGGUCAGGUCCAGUGGGUCGAUGUGGACUCCUCCUUUCCGCUCUAUGCAAGUCACUCUCACUUCCUGGAGCUGGUCACCAAAGAGAGGAAUGCACACUGGUGAAGACCGGUCCACACAUGAAGGAGAAAACUUGAUCUUGGCUUGCUGCAGUCUCUGGGGGGAAACGAAGAUCUCUCCUUUGUCUCUUCAGUAUAAAACGAUUCCUGUGGA